AUGUCGACAACAUUCGAUUCACAACUAAAAUCGAUUCUUCAACCAUUGUCAUCCAUAGACGAUGCAAAAGGCGACCCCGUACUUGCCGCUGUACAAGCCAACGAUCAAAAUACUCUUCGUAUUCUAGUUCAAGCUGGCUAUUCAAUUAGUUCAAUUGAUCCAUUAAAUGGACGAUCUUUACUUCACACAGCAACAUAUCUUGGUCAUACCGAAGUUGUACGACGACUACUCAAAGAAGGAGUUAAUACUUCAUUGCAUGAUCGAGAUGGAAAAACAUGUCUUCAUGUUGCAGCUGCAUACGGUUACAGUCAAAUAUUAACAUUACUUCUCAAAUAUGAAACUCACGUUGAGCAUGUUGAUUAUGAUAACAACACGCCAUUGCACAUGUCUUGUAAAUUUGGUCACAAUGAAUGUUGUCGUUUACUUAUUUAUGCUGGUGCAAAUUUGAAUCCAAUCAACCGAGAUGGUGAUACUCCAUUACAUUCCGCUAUUCGAUAUAAACAUGCAGGUUGUACGGCUAUAUUGAUACAUGCUGAUGCAUCAUUAAAUAUUCGAAAUAGUCGUCAUGAAUUGCCCAUUGAAUUAGCAAGACGUUUAGGUCAUCAUAAAAUCUAUAGUAUACUUUUCCAGAGUCUUUCAUUAUCAUCACAAUCAAAUCAACCUGAAACAGUAUCAACUCCAAAUUCAUCAAUAACUUUAAGUGACUUCGAGAAACAAUGGCGUCAAUUUCAUUUACUGAUUCAAACACGAAUGCUUGCUAACCAACAUCAACUCGAAGAACAAAUUGAUUCGUUAAAAGAUGCUAUGAAUAAAAGUCAAGUGAAACAAGCGAUUAUUCAUCGAAAACUUCAAACAUUAACAAAUUUAUAUGUUCAACAAAAUAAACAAGAUCAACAGUAUGAUACACUCUUUUAG